AUGUGGAGCAUCAGCGGAUGUCACAGGGCGCGUGUCCAACGCUCUAAAUUCUUUUUCUCCUUUGAUUUUCCCAGACCACCGUUUCAAUUCAACUCAAUUCCCUUCAACGCAAGUACAAACACCAUCACGAUGUCGGCGCAACCUACAAUCCGCCUUGCGACAGCAGAGGACGUCCCCCUAAUCCUCCAAUUCAUCCGCGAACUCGCCGACUACGAAAAAGCGCUGCACGAAGUCGAAGCCACCGAAUCCUCCCUCCUCGCAACCCUUUCCUUCCCCCCAACCGACAACAAGAAUGAAACCCCCGCGCCCAAGCGCGGCGGCUCCGUCUACACAGCCCUGAUCACACCCCCCGCAACACCCUCAACCCCAUCGCCAACCCCCGUCGGCAUGGCGCUCUUCUUCUACAACUACUCGACGUGGCGCGCGGCGCCGGGGAUCUACCUCGAGGACCUGUACGUGCAGCCUGCGGCGCGAGGCAACGGGUACGGGUUCCAGUUGCUCAAGUGGCUUGCGGCGAAGGUGGUGGAGAUCAAGGGGCGCAGGCUGGAGUGGAGUGUGCUUACGUGGAACGAGCCCAGUAUUCAGUUCUAUAAGCAGGUUGGGGCGCGGGCGAUGGAUGAGUGGUUGAAGAUGAUGGUCGAGGGGGAGGCAUUGGAUAAGCUGGCGGAGGGGGCGCUGUAG